AGGUUCAGGAGCAUGGCGGGAUGGGGCUGGCCUCGUCCUGAGCUUCCGUCAGCAUGGCCAUGGCUGCAGGCCAGCAGAGAGCAGCAUGCCAGCAAGGAGCAAGCCUGUCUGACCUGUUCCUCCAGGCUCAGGGGCCCAGAACAGGCUGCUGUUCCCAGCUGGAGCACUCGACACCCCAGGGCUCAGGGUCCUGCAGUAGAGGGCAGGCAGCAGGGGAAGGAUGGCUGGCACAGCAGUGGCAGUGGGUGACGGGACCCAGGCAUCCUGGCCCCAAACCAGGAGUGUGACACCCUCCACCCCAGCACCCAUUUUUGGGGUCAGCUCAGUUUGGGUGCUGGACUAAGGAUGCUCAUCAGCCCUGGGGGCCCAUGGAGGUGCAGCACCACUGGUGCUUGGUCUUAAAACACCCACCCUGUAAUGGAUGCCCAGGCUAGAUCCUGGCACCAGGGCAGCUCCGUGACCCCCAGGUUCCUUUGGUGGUUUCCCUGGAAGAUGGGCAGUGGAGGCUGGUGAGGGAGACCAGGGAAAACAGAGCUGUUGAGCCAGGCACAGGAUGGAUCCUCCACAACUUCUUCCCAGGAAAUUCCUGCCUUACAAAAAAAGCCUGUUUCUGUCCUCAGAGGCUGUGAAACCCCAGGAGGAGCAGGCAGACACCCUGUGUGACCCAGCCAUGGGGCACGGGGGAUCUCUCAGCGGGGGCCAUCACAAGGGGCCAGCACAGGGGCUCGUUCUGGUGUUGGCCGAUUGGGUCAGCCCUGCCUUCCUGGAAGGAGGCCUUUGAAAGCACCGGCAUUUCCUUAAAGUCCUCUCAGGGGAAAGUCCCCGGGUGCCGUUCCCAGGCCGGGGCUGUCACCGCCUGCUGUCCAUAAAACCGGGCAGGCAGCGGCGGGCGCGGGCACAGCGCACCAUGGGCAACUGGCUGGUCAUCCACUGGUUCUCAGCUGCUGUCCUCAAUCUUUCCCACAGUCCUGACCACCCUCCGGAUCUGCCUUCGCUCCCGUUACACGGGUGUUGCUGCUCCUGCCUUUCCUCCUUCCUCAUGCACGGGUGAUGCACAGGGCAGUGUGUGACAAGACAGCAAUUCUGCAAGACUUCCACACCUCUGCCCACCUUUGACUCUGUGUCCCAGCCCUGCGUGUGACAGGGCAGCUCACAAGGAAACGGGACGGAUACUGUCUGCUGUCCGUCCUGACACCCUCUGGCUACACUCGGCCCUGAGUGCUGCAGUGUGGGAGGCUCCCAGGACAGGGUCCCUCACGAGGCUGUGACUUUCCCCCGCAGGCAGCCUGGCUGGGCAUCAACAUCUUCCUCUUCACCUACUACUUUCUGUUCUUUGACCGGGAUGAGCGGUAUUUCUACACCAGGGCCAUCCUUGGGUCUGCCUUGGCAUGGGCUCGAGCAUCAGCCAAGUGCCUCAACUUCAACAGCAUGCUGAUCCUGCUGCCUGUCUGCCGCAACCUGCUCUCCUUCCUCCGUGGGACCUGCUCGUGCUGCAGGCGGACCUUGCGGAAGCAGCUGGACCACAACCUCACCUUCCACAAGCUGGUGGGCUAUGCACUGGCCCUGCUCACAGGUACCCCCUGGACUGGCACGGGGCAACAGUGGGGACUGGGAGCUGCCCGGUGGUGACUGCCUGUGCCCUGUCCAGCUGUGCACACCAUCGCCCACCUCUUCAACCUGGAGCGCUACAACCAGAGCCAACAAGCCACCGACGGCAGCCUCCCCGCUGUCCUCUCCAAGAUGCACCUGCAGGGCAGCAAGUGGCUGAACCCCAUCCACUCCAACCAGACGGGGUGAUCAUCACGCUGGCACUCAUCCUCAUGGUCACGUCCUCCACCGAGUUCAUCCGCAGGAACUACUUUGAGCUCUUCUGGUACACACACCACCUCUUCCUCAUCUACUUCGCUGGCCUCGUCAUCCACGGCAUCGCUGGGCUGGUGCGUGGGCAGACAGAGCAGAGCAUGGCGGAGGUGCACCCCUAUCACUGCGCCGAGUACCUCACACAGCGGGAGCAGAACUGCACCCACCGCUGCUGCAAAGAGCCCGAGUUCGGGAGCAUCCCUGCCGAGUCCUGGAAGUGGGUUCUUGCCCCCAUCAUCCUCUAUGUCUUUGAGCGGAUCCUGCGGGUCUGGCGUGCACAGCAGAAGGUGGUUGUCAAAAAGGUGGUCAUGCACCCUGCCCGCGUGCUGGAGCUGCAGAUGCAGAAGAAGGGCUUCUGCAUGGAGGUGGGGCAGUACAUCUUUGUCAACUGCCCCGCCAUCUCUGCACUGGAGUGGCACCCCUUCACCCUCACCUCUGCACCUGAGGAGGAUUUCUUCUCCAUCCACAUCCGGGCAGCUGGUGACUGGACAGAGCGCCUCAUCGACAUCUUCCAACUGGAAACGCCCAGGGUCCAGGUGGAUGGUCCCUUUGGCACAGCCAGCGAAGAUGUGUUCCAGUACGAGGUGGCCAUGCUGGUUGGAGCGGGCAUCGGCGUCACCCCCUUCGCCUCCAUCCUCAAGUCCAUCUGGUACAAGUUCCAGCAGGCUGACCAGACCCUCAAGACCAAGAAGAUCUACUUCUACUGGCUCUGCCGGGACACAGGAGCCUUUGCCUGGUUCAACGACCUGCUUGCCUCCCUGGAGCAGAAGAUGGCUGAGUCGGGCAAGGCAGACUUCCUCACCUACCGUCUCUUCCUCACUGGCUGGGACACCAGCAUUGUCAGUGGUUGGUGUGUUCCUCUGUGGGCCAGAGGCCCUGGCAAGGAGCCUGCAGAAGUCUUGUCACCAACACUCCAGCCUGGACCCCAGGAAGGUCAAAUUCUACUUCAACAAGGAAAACUUCUAAGUGGCAGCAAGGCUGGUGCCCCAGAGGGCAGGGACCCUGACUGUACUGCCUCAAGCCUUUCCAAAGCAGGCCAGGGAGAAGCAUGCACCGAAGCCAAGCAAGACACAGCAAGGUACUCUGUCUCCAUGAGAAAUUCCAGGUUCAAAGACUGCUGCAUGCCUGUCCUGGUGUACAAGGGGUCCUCAUGGAGCAAGUGGGCCUGUAGCUCCACCCAGCCCCCUCACUGGGAAACCAGAGCCACGUUCUGUGAUGCUGCUUGAGCAGCAGGAAGCAGUGGGAGCUCAGCAGGUUGGGCAGAACCACUGGAUGGGGAUGGGACAUGGGCAUCCAUGCAGGUGUCAGGGGCCAAACGUGGCCCUCAGGAUUUAAAGACUCUUUUGUAUAAGAAUAAAUUAAACUUGCUUUUCUUUGUAAUGAAA